GCCGAAAAGUAUAAAUAGCUCCACCCCCAAACUUUAGACCAUUUUGUGUUCUUACGACAGACUCAUUGUGGUCAAGGUCUGAGAAUUCAAAUUUAACUUUUUUCGAUUAGCUUUUAUUUAGCUACACAUUAAAGAAACCAUCUUCAAAAUGCGUGAGUGCGUCUCUGUCCACGUGGGUCAGGCUGGUGUCCAGAUUGGCAAUGCCUGCUGGGAACUCUACUGUCUUGAGCACGGCAUCCAGCCGGACGGACAGAUGCCCAGCGACAAAACCAUUGGAGGUGGAGACGAUUCCUUCAACACCUUCUUCAGUGAGACUGGAGCUGGAAAGCACGUCCCCAGGGCUGUGUUUGUGGAUCUGGAGCCUACUGUCAUAGAUGAGGUCCGUAGUGGAAUAUACCGCCAGCUGUUUCACCCUGAGCAGCUCAUCACAGGAAAGGAGGAUGCUGCCAACAACUAUGCUCGUGGUCACUACACCAUUGGCAAGGAGGUGAUUGACCUGGUACUGGACAGGAUUCGCAAACUGGCUGACCAGUGCACAGGCCUCCAGGGUUUCCUGGUCUUCCACAGCUUCGGUGGUGGAACCGGUUCUGGUUUCACCUCCCUGCUGAUGGAACGCCUGUCUGUUGACUACGGUAAGAAGUCCAAGCUGGAGUUCUCCAUCUACCCAGCUCCCCAAAUGUCUACAGCUGUGGUGGAGCCCUACAACUCCAUCCUGACUACACACACCACCCUAGAGCACUCCGACUGUGCCUUUAUGGUAGACAAUGAAGCCAUCUAUGACAUUUGCCAUAGGAACCUCGAUAUUGAGCGUCCUACUUACACCAACCUCAAUAGGCUUAUUAGCCAGAUUGUUUCCUCCAUCACUGCCUCUCUCCGUUUCGAUGGUGCCCUCAAUGUCGAUCUUACUGAAUUCCAGACCAAUUUGGUGCCCUACCCCCGUAUUCAUUUCCCACUGGCCACCUAUGCUCCAGUAAUCUCUGCAGAGAAGGCUUACCACGAGCAGCUUUCUGUGUCCGAAAUCACAAACUCCUGCUUUGAGCCGGCCAAUCAGAUGGUAAAAUGUGAUCCACGUCACGGCAAGUACAUGGCCUGCUGUCUGCUGUACCGUGGUGAUGUGGUGCCCAAAGAUGUGAAUGCAGCUAUUGCCUCCAUCAAGACAAAGCGCAGCAUCCAGUUUGUGGAUUGGUGUCCCACUGGGUUCAAGGUGGGCAUCAACUACCAGCCCCCCACUGUGGUUCCAGGUGGAGACCUGGCCAAGGUGCAGAGGGCUGUGUGCAUGCUGAGUAACACCACAGCCAUUGCUGAGGCCUGGGCUCGUCUCGAUCACAAGUUUGAUCUGAUGUACGCCAAGCGUGCCUUCGUGCACUGGUAUGUGGGUGAGGGUAUGGAGGAGGGCGAGUUCUCUGAGGCCAGAGAGGACAUGGCUGCCCUGGAGAAGGAUUAUGAGGAAGUUGGUGUUGAUUCUAUUGAAGGUGAGGGAGAGGAAGAGGGAGAGGAGUAUUAAAACGUUAUAUAAAAGUCCUUUUCUGCUGCAAGAUAAAAUUAAUCUUUUACAACCAACAACUAAAAAAAACACUGCAUGCAAUAACCUCAAAAAUAAAACUCCUGUAAACUUGUUUUUCUUAAAAAAAAUGUAGAAAAAAAUUCUAACAGAAAAAAACUCAAUUCAUGAUGCAAAAUAGUUGUAGUACUGAAAUAAAUACGUUACUGAAAAAGCUAACAAGGAAAGUUUUACAUCACACAUUAUUUCAUUCUGCUAGCACCGAGGUGGUGGAAUGAACUUCCUUUAGAUUUCCGAACAGCCUGGUCACUGGCUAUCUACCUCUUCCUGAAACGCUUAAACUAUCAUUUGCUUCCAUUUUCUUAUUUUAGUUAAUAGAGAUUUCAAAGCACUUUUGUACUUUACUUUGGAUUAAGCCGUCUGUCAAAUGUUAUGUAAAUGUUAUGUAAAUACUUUGUCUGAGACAAGGGCUUGUGCUGACAUGCUGUGUGUCUCACAAAUUCUUGGUUAAUUUCAAACACAAAGUGUGUUUUAUUCUGGUCCAAUGGGUAAAAUACUAAGGUACUUAAUCUUAUAUUAAGAUUGAUAUAUUUUAAAAAUAAUGUUGAUGAUAUUCAGGUUCAUAUUAGAGACGACUUAAACUUUCAACAUAUUGUGUUCUAAAAAAAUGCACUAGAUGACAGCUAUUUUAAAGUCCAAUGUCUGUUCUAUCUACUACUACCAUGUUGGAAUGCUCAUACUCAUUGUUAAAAACCAUACACAUUUAUGUAUAUUUAUAUAUAUGUAUAUACAUUAUUUUUCCACAUAUAAUUUUCAUAUUUUAUAUAGUUUUAGCAUCUUAUAAAUAAACAUUUUUCCAUUGAA